ACGGAAUUUUGAAAACUAUGUAUUUGUUGCUUUCCACUUGUUCAUGAUAAGAGUGACCAGCUCAUGUUGUAACUCCUCACUUGCGUUUAAGGUAGAUGAAGAAUCCGUCGAAAUUGUAGAAAGCCAAGUGGAAGAAGAAGAAGAAGAGGCCGCCAGAUUUCUGAGCUCUGCGACGAGGAAGGCGAUAGUAAUCGCAAUGGGGGAGUGCGACUCGUCAUUUCGCCGUCUUUCGAGCAUCCGUCACAGGAACAAGGGUGCUGCGGUGGAGGAUGAAGCCGACACUACCCGGAUUUCGUCUCCACCGCCUCCUCCGCCGCUUAAUUCAGCAGACGGAGCAGCGGCUGCAGGGAAGGGGAAGAAGAAAACCGUAGGAGCGAGGCUGUGGAUGAGGUUUGAUCGUGCCGGAGCGAUGGAGGUGGUGGAAUGCGACAAGAGUACCAUCAUCAAACGCGCCUCCGUUCCCGCUAGGGAUCUCAGGAUCCUUGGCCCCGUCUUCUCUCACUCUUCUAACAUUCUCGCGAGGGAGAAAGCCAUUGUUGUGAAUUUAGAGGUCAUAAAGCUAAUAGUUACCGCAGAAGAAGUGUUGCUACUGGAUCCUCUGCGUCCUGAAGUUCUCCCACUCGUUGAACGACUAAAGCAACAGUUUCCUCAGAGGACUAAUGCUUCUUUAAAUGCUCUACGAUCUUCUCUUGACUCAGAAGCUGCAGAGAGCUUUCAGAGUGAGCUCCCUUUCGAGUUCCAGGUCCUGGAGAUUUCACUCGAGGUCGUCUGCUCCUUUGUUGAAACCAGUGUUGCAUCACUUGAGUCAGAAGCUUGGCCUGUCCUUGAUCAACUAACCAAGAGUGUCAACACCGAGAAUCUUGAAUACGUUCGAAGCUUGAAAAGCAAUCUCACCCGCUUGCUAGCCCGUGUACAAAAGGUGAGAGAUGAGCUCGAACAUUUGUUAGAUGACAACGAGGACAUGGCAGAUUUAUACUUAACAAGGAAAUGGAUACAGAACCAGCAGCAGUCCGAAGCAGUGUAUGGAGGGACAGGGUCAAAUCCUGUCGACCGGGUCGCAUCGAACAGAAGCUCAAGUAUGGUGACGAGCAGUGCGAAGGAAGAUGACGACGACGUGGAGGAUCUGGAGAUGUUGCUGGAGGCGUACUUCAUGCAGCUGGAGGGGAUGAGGAACAGGAUUCUUACGGUGAGGGAGUACAUUGACGACACAGAGGACUACGUGAACAUACAGCUUGAUAACCAGCGAAACGAAAUGAUCCAGCUGCAGCUGACGCUGACCAUAGCCUCCUUCGCCAUAACUGUCUAUACAUUGUUCAUAAGCUUGCUCGGAAUGAACAUAAAGCUACCAUUGUAUAAGAUUCAUGGCGUCUUUGGUUACUUUGUGUGGAGUAUUAGUGCGAUUUGCCUUGUGAUUUUCAUGCUCACCCUUGGUUACGCCAGGUGGAAGAAGCUGCUUGGCUCAUAAUAUCACUCUCUUUCAAAACCAUCUCAGACUUGUAUCAAAAACCGUUAAUUAAUUAAUAAUUUCAUAUUAAUUAUACAUUCAAGACAUGUAAAACUAAGUCAACAGGCAACAAUGUCAAUA